GGGUUCGUCGCCGCAACCAGAUCUCGAUUACAACAAUAGAUCUACACCUCCUUCUCCUAUUCUCUUUCAUUUGCAGGCGCUUUUCUUCUAGGGAGAAGAGCGACAGUCAUCCUCUAUUUAAAGCUCUUACUCCCGCCCGCGAUGCGCCCCGACUAGGCUACUACUACUUCGAUACGCUUCUUCCCCUUUGACGACUGUUGAGUGGCGCUUGAAAACACCUUACGACCCGUUAUGGCAUCACGAUUCCCACGUCAGCGCGAUCCCCGAGCCGCCCCCUCGCUCUUCGACUCCUACGGUGGCGAUUCCCGGCCAGCGAGCAAGUCGCCUGGCCGUGUGGGCGGAUACGGCUAUGGCGGAUACCCCGGUGCGAGCGAUGGAUCGGUGAAUGGGACGCCUGGUGGAUAUCGGUCUGCGACGCCGGAUAAGAAGGGCCAUUACUCCGAUGCCGUUCUUUCGCAUCUGGAAUCUCAGAAUGACGCCGAGGUUGAGGGGAUCACUGCCAAAGUGAAGAUGCUCAAAGAUUUGUCCGUCGCUAUCGGUGACGAAAUCCGCGAUAGCUCCAGCCUGGCCGAGACGCUGAAUAACGCCUUCGAUAAUACCCGUGUGCGCGUCCGGGGGAACAUGAACCGUAUGCUCCGUAUGGCGGAGCGGACCGGAGUGGGCUGGCGUGUGUGGCUGCUCUUCUUUCUGGCGGUCUUCUUGAUAUUCUUCUACGUUUGGUUGUUCUGAACGGGUUGAAUAUUCAAAGCCCUGGCCGGUUCUCUAGGCCUGAACACUCACCUUGACCACAGUACUUUGACACAGCUGCGGAUAUACGUCUGCAGACGUGGACUCCUACUUCCGCACAACUACAAGCCAUAAUACCUACAAUCCCGUCGCAUUCGCACCAUCCGGUAGUCUAUUGGCAUGUACAGCACCUUGACUGUACCGUCCCGACGUUUCCACCUCGUUUCAGCGUCGUCGUCAAUCAUUCCACUUCCACGACGUGGCAUAUCGUGAUUCCAAUGUCGCCCUCACUCUACAUAAUACUUACCAUCUAUCGAUGCAUCUCCGGUGUUUGUGUAAGCCCGUCUGCAAAGCGUGGCUUGGUUUUGGUUUCUAGUACAUUGUACAUUCUACUGUAUAUAUUACUCUGAGAAAAGUAAUGUUUUACUCACUGUCCUUUUGG